GGUCGCCGCCGAUGUCUUCGCAGGCAGUCGCAGCCGUUACGCUCCGCACUGCGCUGGCCGUGCACAAUCGCACCGCUCCAUUCCGCCUGAGUACGCGUCCCGUCCCGUCACCGGCGUCGUUCUCAUCCGUCGGCCGCCUUCGCGUCAAUUACUCCGGCCCGGUCGAAGUGUACGGACGCGCCGCGCCACGCACACCAUCGCCAACAAAGCUUACUACUUCCAACUUCGAGCAGCCGCCGUGCCCCAAAAGAGACCACGCCGCGCGCAAGGCCCAGGGUGCUGCGAGGUGUACAAUAAACCGGUCCCACUCGGGCCCCGAAUGCGAGUGAGUCGGCGACGACCAUUCGAACGCGUUGCAACUGUUGUGCCCAGUGCCGUGCGUGCGCCGAAAUUCGCGCAAAACAUCCCGGAGUGCGUCGCAUACAGUUGUGAUUAAUGUUCAGGUUGGGUUAGCGCGUCGCACACACUAAAUCAGUAAAAUGGCAUCCGACGACAAUUCCAAUGCAGCCAAGGAUCGCUACGAUCCGGAGCUGAAGUACCUCUGCGUGGACCGCAACGUAUACAACGACCCCACGUCGCAGGCGGAAUGGACACAGAAGCGACUGGUGUGGGUGCCGCACGAAGCGCAGGGCUUCGUCGCCGCCUCCAUCAAGGGCGAACGCGGUGAUGAGGUGGAGGUUGAGCUGCAGGAGAGCAGCAAGCGGGUGCUGGUCGCUAAGGAUGACAUCCAGAAGAUGAAUCCGCCCAAAUUCGACAAGGUGGAGGACAUGGCCGAGUUGACCUGCCUCAAUGAAGCCUGCGUUCUCUACAACCUCAAGGACCGAUACUAUUCUGGUCUAAUUUACACAUAUUCAGGUCUUUUCUGCGUGGUGUUCAACCCCUACAAAAAAUUGCCCAUCUACACGGAGAAGAUCAUGGAACGGUAUAAGGGUAUCAAGCGACAUGAAGUGCCCCCGCAUGUAUUCGCCAUCACUGACACUGCAUAUCGUUCAAUGCUUCAAGAUCGUGAGGAUCAGUCGAUUUUGUGUACGGGUGAAUCCGGCGCUGGGAAAACAGAAAACACCAAGAAGGUGAUACAGUAUCUGGCGUACGUUGCCGCCUCCAAGUCGCCAAAGGGAUCAGGAGCGCACAAAGAUCUCAUUGGUGGUUUGGAGCAGCAACUUCUGCAAGCCAAUCCCAUUCUGGAAGCGUUCGGCAAUGCGAAAACGGAAAACGACAAUUCUUCACGUUUUGGUAAAUUUAUUCGUAUCAACUUCGAUGCGUCGGGUUAUAUCGCCGGCGCCAACAUAGAAACUUACUUAUUGGAGAAAUCACGUGCCAUACGACAAGCCAAAUUCGAGCGGACCUUCCACAUCUUCUACCAGUUGCUGGCUGGCGCGUCCACCGAACAAAAAAAAGAGUUUAUUCUGGAAGAACCCAAGACUUACCCAUUCCUACGCGAUGACAACCACAUCGUUCCCGGUGUUGACGAUUCCCUGGAGUUCACCAACACAGUCAAAUCGAUGAACAUCAUGGGCAUGACCAAGGAGGACUUCACCGCUAUCUUCCGCAUUGUGUCCGCUGUAAUGCUAUUCGGACGCAUGGAAUUCCGUCAGGAUCGUAAUUCUGACCAGGCGACACUUCCGGACAACACUGUCGCGCAGAAAAUCGCACACCUACUCGGUCUUUCCGUCACUGACAUGACCAAAGCGUUCUUAAAGCCACGUAUUAAGGUGGGGCGUGAUUUUGUCACCAAGAGUCAAACGAAGGAGCAGGUAGAGUUCGCCGUCGAGGCUAUUUCGAAGGCAUGCUACGAGCGCAUGUUCCGAUGGCUUGUGACUCGCAUCAAUCGCUCUCUGGGGCGCACCAAACGCCAAGGCGCUUCCUUCAUUGGCAUUCUUGAUAUUGCUGGUUUUGAGAUCUUUGAUUUGAACAGUUUUGAACAACUUUGUAUUAAUUACACCAACGAGAAAUUGCAGCAGCUCUUCAAUCAUACCAUGUUCAUUCUGGAGCAGGAGGAGUACCAACGCGAAGGCAUCGAAUGGAAGUUUAUUGAUUUUGGGCUUGAUUUACAGCCUACCAUUGACCUUAUAGAUAAAAGUAUGGGUAUUAUGGCUUUGUUGGACGAAGAGUGCCUUUUCCCCAAAGCAACGGACAAAACUUUCGUUGAGAAACUUGUCUCUGCACACACCACACACCCGAAGUUUAAGAAGAGCGAUUUCCGUGGCGUUGCUGAUUUCAGUAUCAUUCAUUAUGCAGGCAAAGUUGAUUAUUCCGCUGAUCAGUGGUUGAUGAAGAACAUGGACCCGCAAAAUGAGAACGUUGUGUCGCUAUUACAGGCAUCCCAGGAUCCAUUCGUGGUACAUAUCUGGAAAGAUGCUGAAUCUUUAGGUCGCGCUAAAGGUAUGUUCCGUACUGUGAGUUAUCUCUACAAGGAACAACUUGCUAACCUUAUGGUAACACUCCGCAACACAAAUCCUAACUUUGUGCGUUGUAUAAUUCCGAAUCAUGAGAAACGCGCGGGUAAAAUCGAUGCUCCUUUGGUCCUGGACCAAUUGCGCUGCAACGGUGUCCUGGAAGGCAUCCGUAUCUGCAGACAGGGCUUCCCGAAUCGUAUCCCAUUCCAAGAGUUCCGCCAGCGUUACGAAUUGCUCACGCCCAAUGUGAUCAACAAGGGCUUCAUGGACGGUAAGAAGGCAUGCGAGACGAUGAUCAAAUCGCUUGAACUCGACAGCAAUCUGUAUCGCAUCGGACAGAGUAAAAUCUUUUUCCGCGCUGGCGUGCUAGCCCAGCUUGAGGAAGAGCGUGAUUAUAAGAUUACCGACCUGAUCGUCAACUUCCAAGCAUUCUGCCGUGGCUUCCUCUCGCGUAGAAACUACCAGAAGCGUGUACAACAGCUGAAUGCAAUUCGCAUCAUCCAACGCAAUUGCUCGGCUUACCUCAAGCUGCGCAAUUGGCAAUGGUGGCGGUUGUACACAAAGGUCAAACCUUUGCUGGAAGUUACCAAGCAAGAGGAGAAGCUGAUGCAGAAGGAAGACGAGCUGAAGCAGGUGAAAGACAAGCUGGACUCGCACUUGAAAGCAGCGCAGGAAUACGAACGCAAGUAUCAAUCGGCCAUUGAGGAGAAGACUAUUCUCGCAGAACAGUUGCAAGCUGAAGUAGAGCUGUGCGCUGAAGCUGAAGAGAACCGCGCACGUUUGACUGCCCGUAAGCAGGAACUCGAGGAAAUCUUGCAUGAUUUGGAAGCGCGUGUUGAGGAAGAAGAAGAACGCGCGAAUGCUCUUGGUAAUGACAAAAAGAAACUACAACAGACUAUUCAGGAUCUUGAGGAUCAACUGGAGGAGGAAGAAGCUGCCAGGCAGAAAUUGCAGCUGGAAAAGGUUCAAUGCGACAAUAAAUUGAAGAAGUUGGAGGAAGAUGUGGCUCUUUCCGAAGACACAAAUCAAAAGUUAAUGAAGGAAAAGAAGCUCCUGGAAGAGAGGAGCAAUGAUUUAUCGCAGGCUCUUGCGGAGGAGGAAGAGAAAGCGAAACAUUUGGCGAAGUUGAAAGCAAAACACGAGGCGUCCAUUGCUGAGUUAGAGGAGCGUUUGUUAAAGGACCAUCAACAACGCCAAGAGUCCGAUCGCUCCAAGAGGAAGGUAGAAAGCGAAGUAAACGACCUAAAGGAACAGUUGCAGGAGAAACGCACGCAGUUGGAAGACCUUCAACUGCAGCUCGGAAAACGUGAAGAAGAACUAGCACAAGCGAUGGUUAUUGAUGAAGAAGCAGCUGGUAAAGCAGCCGCUCAGAAAGCGCAGCGUGAACUUGAGAGUCAACUCACCGAAUUGCAAGAGGAUCAUGAAGCUGAGAAAGCUGCACGUGGUAAAGCCGAACGCCUAAGACGUGACUUGAAUGAAGAAUUGGAAGCGCUCAAGAAUGAAUUACUUGAUUCACUGGAUACGACCGCCGCGCAGCAGGAAUUGCGCUCUAAACGCGAACAGGAGCUUGCUACUUUGAAGAAGAGUCUUGAAGAGGACACGCAGUCCCAUGAAGUCUCCAUGAGUGAAUUGCGUCAUAAACACACCACGGAAAUUGCGGCUAUCAAUGAACAACUGGAGAACUUCAAGAAAUCAAAGGCACAGUUGGAGAAGACCAAGGCUACCGAAGCGGAGAAUGCUGAUCUUGCUUCGGAAUUGAGGAAUGUUGGUGCUUCCCGCCAGGAAGGUGACCGCCGCCGCAAGCAGGCUGAAGGACAAUUGGCCGAGGUGCAAGCAAAACUUGCCGAAACCGAACGCUCACGACAAGAACUCGCUGAGAAGGCCGCUAAAUUGCAGUUGGAAGCUGAGAAUGUUGCACAACAGUUAGAGGAAGCUGAAUUGAAGGCGUCCGCAGCGCAGAAGAGCCAAACCACGAUUGAGUCGCAAUUCACCGAGGCGCAACUUGCGCUUGAGGAAGAAACCAAGCAAAAGUUGGCGUUGUCUUCAAAACUGCGUCAAUUAGAAGCGGAGAAAGAGCAACUGCGUGACCAGCUUGACGAGGAAGAAGAACAAAAGAAGACCUUCGAGAAACAACUCGGUGCUUUGAACGCCCAGCUAAUUGAAUUCAAAAAGAAAGCUGAAGAGGAAGCUGAGCAGUCUGCCAUCUUGGAAGAGAGUAAGAAGAAGCUCGCGAAGGACUUGGAAGCUUUGCAGAGGCAGGUUGAGGAGUUGACUGUCGCCAAUGACAAACUAGAGAAGAGCAAGAAGAAGAUUGCUGCUGAACUUGAAGAUGCCAACAUUGAUUUGGAGACCCAACGCGGAAAAGUCGCCGAACUUGAAAAGAAACAGAAGAACUUCGAUAAGACUCUAGCGGAAGAGAAAGCUGUAUCGGAGAGGAUGGCCCAGGAACGCGAUAAUAUUGAACGUGAAGCACGCGAGAAGGAAACACGCGUGUUGUCCCUCAGCCGCGAGUUGGAUGAAAGCUCUGAGAAGCUCGAGGAAUUGGAACGCGUCAAGCGACAACUGCAAGCUGAACUUGAUGAACUUGUAAACAACCAAGGCACUGCUGAUAAAAACGUGCAUGAUUUGGAAAAGGCUAAGCGUGCUUUGGAAACACAAUUGGCUGAAUUGAAGACGCAGAAUGAGGAACUCGAGGAUGAAUUACAACUCAUCGAAGAUGCCAAACUUCGGUUGGAGGUGAACAUGCAGGCGUUGCGUACGCAAUUCGAACGUGACGUGCAGGCCAAGGAAGAGCAAGCUGAAGAGAAACGUCGUGGAAUUGUGAAGCAACUGCGUGACUUGGAGGCUGAACUCGACGAGGAGAGGAAACAGAGGAGCGCUGCCGUUGCUAGCAAAAAGAAACUUGAAGGCGAUUUGAAGGAGAUGGAAGCGCAAGUUGAGCUUCAAUCGAAAUACAAGGAAGACGCGUUGAAGCAACUGAAGAAGAGUCAACAGCAGUGCAAGGAAGCGACUCGUGAUGCGGAUGAAGCUCGUGCUGCCCGUGAGGAGUACGCAGCUGCCAGCAAAGAUGCCGAGCGCAAGGUGAAGACCCUGGAGGCGGAUUUACUGCAGAUGACUGAGGACUUUGCGGCUUCGGAGAGGUCGAGACGUGCUGCGGAAGCUGAACGCGAUGAGCUCCAAGAAGAAAUGAAUAGUAAUGCCAAUAAAGGAACCCUAAUGAUUGAUGAGAAACGCCGUUUGGAGGCUCGCAUCGCCACCUUGGAAGAAGAACUUGAAGAAGAACAGAGCAACAAUGAAGUGUUGGUAGAUCGCGCUCGCAAGGCGCAACUAUCCCUCGACCAGCUCACCGGCGAACUGGCCAACGAGCGCUCUGCUUCCGCCAAGCAGGAAUCACUGCGAUUACAGUUCGAACGCCAGAACAAGGAGUUGAAGGCCAAGCUCGCCGAGCUGGAGACUUCGCAACGUACCAAGACGAAGGCCACCAUCGCCGCGCUUGAGUCCAAGAUCGCCAACCUCGAGGAACAACUAGAGGUCGAAGCGAAGGAACGCUUCGCACAGCAGAAGACCAACCGCAAACUGGACAAGAAGCUCAAGGAGUUGAUGAUGCAGCUGGAGGACGAACGCCGUCACGCCGACCAGUACAAGGAGCAACUGGAGAAGGUCAACGGACGCGUCAAGAUGCUCAAGCGCCAGCUGGACGAGGCCGAAGAGGAAAUCUCGCGCGAGAAGGCGCAGAAACGCAAAUUCCAGCGCGAGUGCGAGGACAUGUUCGAGUCACACGAGACGCUCACGCGUGAAGUCAGCAACCUGAAAAGCAAACUGAGGAGGAAUACGGGAGGCGUGGGUCUCUCGUCGCGUCUAGGUGGAGGCGGCGUCAAGCGCGGUUCGCUGCAGCCGGCAAGCGGUAACGGCUCCGGCGACGACUCGGCGCAGGACGAGAGCAUGGAUAGCGAAGACCAGCAGAAUUAGGCAGUUUUUGGGGCCUACGAACCAGCGCCGCCCCCAACCAGCGCAGCGAACAUGUAAAUAAUUCCCAGCGUGCGCACCAGUACUUAGCAGCAGCGCGCCCGAACAAUAACCAAUCACGAAUUGACAAUGAUUUUUAAUAAUUUAUAUACAUAGCUAACCCCCCGCAGCAACUAGCGAAUAACACGAUGGACAGACGAGGAUGCUUUUGGAGUGCGGUUCACAUGCGGGCUAAACAACUAAAAUGAUUAUCUUAUUAAUUUUUUUUUAUCGUUUAUAUAUAAAAAUAUUAUUUUCUCCUCUCUGCGCGCGAAACAUAUUUAAUAAUCAACGCAACAAGAAGAAGAGUUAUUUAAACGUGGAGCUAAGAAAUUUAUACGAUACAUAUUGCAAUGACGGAGAGCAACGCAAGUAAUUUUACACGAUUUGUAUGGAAUUUUUGAUAAUGAUGUAGUCUUUCGAUACGAGUUUUACAUAUUCUAUCAACAACGUAGGUGCUAGCCAAUUUAUUAUUAUUAUUCAGUAUGAAAAUUUACGUGAUCGGAUCCAAAUCGCGAGUGGCGUUGAUUCCUUUUUACUAUUUAUGUUCAUCUUUACUUUCUACACUCUGCAUUUUAUUUUAUACAUGAAAUGAUGUCAAAUGGUUGAUUAAUCUUUGUACAUACCUAUUACAUAUGAAGCAUUUACGAAUUAAUUAAUUGAUGUAUUUCAUCGUCUGUUUUUUUUCUCUAUUAUCUUUUUGUAUUUACUUAAUUUUUUUGGGGUUUCGGGCUCACUUAAUUAUACAUUGUAACAAUAAUUAUUACCAAUAAACGGUUUACAAUCAA